UUCUCGGAAAGCGCGUACCUACCGAAAUCCGUCCGGCGGUGAUCGGAUUUUCACUCUCGCGUUAAAAUCUUCGCGGAAAAUUCGAAUUUCUUCGAUCCGAAUAUUUCAAGGUAAUCUCUGAACACUUAAGAACAAUAGUUCGAAAGCAAAUUAGAAUCGAAGCAAUUAGAUGGGUUAUACGAACGAGGAAAGGAAUCGACAGUUUGAUCGUCACUGUCUCGAAAGAAGACACGGAAGUGAAGAGAAUCGCGAAGAAAAUCAUGUCUUUAACUAAGGAACCGUGAAAUCGACGAACCCUUUGAUCUCGUUUUUAUCGGAACACUGUCAACGUCCGUGCGUCAAGUACACCUGACCGACUCGCGUUUGUUGCCGUCCGAUUCGAAAUAUCGGUGUGUCAAAUGCACUGUGUCGUGCGGAAGACAAACGAACACGUGUUUUUCUCUGGUUUAAGUAAAGCCGGUGUUGUGCUGCGAGUGAGAACGGUGAUCAAUUGUGAUCAGAAACUUUUGGAAGCUUGGUAACCAUGUUGCAAGACGAAACUAUGCUGAAACUUCUGAGCUCUAUGCAACUGAAACUUUGCUUGGAAUUUCAGGGAUAUAGUCUCUAAUAAUCGUGGUUUCUUGGAAAUGCGUCGAAGCGUUUGCAAUAUUAAAUUCAAUAAGGUAUUGUUCGAGAGUUGUUAAUUGAAGGAUCAUUAGAGGAUAAUCAAGUGCCUGCGCGAGGAAUUGUGUUGAAAUGACUUGUGCUAAGUCGACGUCGAAUUCAUAAUAAUUGAGUUACAAGAACAAUAGAGUGCACCCGUGGGCGUGGAGAAUCAGAUUUCUAAAGGAGUAUCAACAAGCUCCUUUGCCGAGCAAUUUCUAAGGAUUAUGGAGGAUCCACUCUACGCUUCGAUAACCAUCGACAUGAAUGAUUCAUGGCUGGACGAAAGUGAUGAUUUCGAAAGUUCCUUAUUAUUUUCGUUCAACAACACCUACAGGAUUCGCCGAAAUAAUUCAAUGUACGAUGAUUUUGCUGGCAGCUACGAAGUGCCAACUAUGAUUCUCGUCGUUCUAAGCAUCUUAUACGGAAGUAUAUCCUUUCUGGCAGUGGUAGGCAAUUCUCUGGUCAUGUGGAUCGUCGCCACAUCCAGACGCAUGCAGAACGUAACAAACUUUUUCAUUGCGAAUUUAGCAUUGGCUGAUAUUGUCAUAGGUUUGUUCACGAUUCCGUUUCAGUUCCAAGCAGCUCUACUUCAAAGAUGGAAUCUCCCAUAUUUUAUGUGCGCCUUUUGCCCUUUCGUACAAGUCCUCUCAGUCAAUGUCUCGGUUUUCACACUGACUGCGAUCGCAAUUGAUCGACAUCGAGCGAUACUAAAACCCCUUAGUGCUAAACCAAGCAAAUUGACUGCUAAAAUUAUCAUCGCUGGAAUUUGGUUACUUGCCGGAAGUUUGGCUACACCAAUGGCGAUUGCACGUAGAGUCGUGAUGGAACCAGAAGAGUAUACCGAUCGUUACAAACCUUUCUGCAAAGAGGCGAAUCUAUCCAGUCGAUCGAUGUUAAUUUACUCCGGUUUAUUGGUCUUCCUGCAAUAUUUAACACCCCUUUCAGUCAUUUCCUGCGUUUAUGCAAGAAUGGGGUUGAAAUUGUGGGAAAAUAAAGCGCCAGGAAAUGCUGAAGAUUCCCGAGAUGCAAAUUUAUUGAGGAACAAAAUGAGGGUAAUCAAAAUGUUAAUUAUAGUCGUGGCUCUGUUUGCAAUAUGUUGGCUACCUUUACAAACGUACAAUGUUUUUCGGUAUUUUCAUCCAAAGAUCAACAACUAUGAAUACAUCCAUUACAUAUGGUUUUUUUGCGACUGGCUGGCCAUGUCGAAUAGUUGUUACAACCCAUUCAUCUAUGGAAUAUAUAAUGAAAAGUUCAGAAGAGAAUUUCAACAAAGGUGUCCAUUUAAAUCAAGGAAAUGGUUGAACAAUCCACCAAUGGAUAAUAUCGAAAUGGAUAAGACGCAAAGUACCCGCACUUCCGUUAGGUAUGAAUGGAAACGAACAAUUUCUGGUAGUUACCCCCUUGUUUCGUCGUUUUACAAAGGUGUAACAGGAAGAGAAUCCACGCAGUCGUUCAUCGAUGAACAUCAACGGAACACACGAAAUAAAAAAGGUAUCGGUUAUUCGACAGCGUCUAACAGAAGCGAAGAAUUAUAUGUUUUUUCAUCCGGGAAACAUAAACACGCUCAAGACCCAGAUAUAGAAGAAUUAUGCUUGUAACGUUAGGAAUUAAAACCAGUUAAUUAUUUAUUCGAGUAACGUAGGGAAAUCUACUCCGCUCGCCAAGUAAUUGUAAUUCAUUUGCAUAUGUUUUAUGCAAAUCGAGGGACGAUACAUCUUUCGCGCAGCGAAAGAAAUUUGUAUCCUUUCGGUACAACACAUUUGAAUAUUGUAAUUCAUUGCGAAUAUUAAUCUUAAUGUAUAUGAAAUUUUUUAAAUAGAUAACAACUGAUAUAAACCAUCCACGAUUUUGCUGUAUCUGUGCAGUUCUAAAACAGUAGGAAAUAGAAAAAGAUUCGAUGGGUGAAUGGACACCGGAAGUGGAGGAAUGGCAAGCGUAACCGAUAUAAUUACAGCUAGUUAAAGAAUGUUAUUUUCUUUCCUAAUUUUUUUAAUCAUUGCUCAAACUGCUUAACGAUAUUUGAUCUAAUUAUGGGAGAAAACAAUCGUCUGGAAUUUAUUAUACUGAUGGUACCUUUUCAACUGAUCUCUUUACAUUUAGUAGCUAGAUCGAUAACGUUGGAUAAAUAAGGAACUUUUAAUUGAAAAAAUAAUGUACGAGAAUAAUUGAGUUAAUUAGAGUAUCAAAAUUAUUAUGGUACUGUUACAAUUUAUCAGAUGGAACAAUUGAUUUUCUUUGUUGAGAAACUAUUACAGAUUUACUGAGAGCACAGUUUUCGAACUGGAUGUUGAACGUCCAGCAAAUAAGUAUGGCUGUGAAACUUUUAUUAAAAUAAUGUCUUUCAA